GGCUUUCUUGAGGAUUUUGUUUUUUCUCCUUCUCUUUCUUCUCUUCUUUUGGUAAUUUUGUACAUGUAUCUAUGUACAUGUGUGUUUGAUUAAUUGUUUGUUUGAGUGAACGAUUAUUUGAACUUGCCAAAAUCGAAUCUGAAGACGACAAAUGCGACAAGUGUUCGCAGAACAUUGGAAGAUCACUAAGUGGAUAGAGAGCGAUAAUGUUGGGUUGAUAUUUGAAUGGGACAAUAGGAAGUGAGAAAGCUGGAAAUGAUUAUAUCGAUUCUGAGAUGGAGGGUCUUGGUGGUCUGGUGCGGGUUACUGGGCAUGGCGUUGGGCGGUCACGACGGGAAGACGGAUGGGAGGGAAAUUGGGCAGGACAGUGAUGGGGAUAUGAAGAGCUCGUCGUUAUCGCCGCAAAUCAAUACUUCUCGAGCUGCUGGGGAUGAAGUCAAUGGGGAUUCAUGGUAUUAUCCUACCACGUGGUCGUCUCUUGAAGAGAAUCGUACUGUGUCUUUAAAUCAGUCCUAUAUGCCCCCUUUCGUAGUUGGAACUCAAGGACCACAAGACGCGAAAUUUCUGGCUUUGUGUUAUACUACCAAUUAUCGGGCUCCAGAAUCGGCCAACAUAUAUUAUGUUAUACCUCUCACUUACAAUUGUCCAAUCAUUGACCGGUCUUGUCAAAUCGAAGCCCAGAAAACAGGAACGGUGAAUUUGGAAGUCAAUCUCUAUAAUGCUAGUGCAGGACUCUCUACCUUUAUAAAGCCGAACUCGGCCUUCUUUCUGUGUUUCAGUAAUGGUACCGACACUGUCGUGGGCUUCUUCUGCGAUUCUUACAGCCCAUACUUCCAAAUAUUACACAGUCCCUCGCUUCUCAACCAGAGAAGAGAAGACACGACAGAUAUAGAAGCAGCAGAAUCGGCGUCUCUGUCGGCUUUCGCGAGCUCGUUUGUGGCCGCCGUCACAAAUUAUGCACCCCCGACUGUUCAGCUCUCCGUCACAGCAAGCACGACAAUCUUUCUGCCUUCGGGAGGAACAGUGAUCCCACCGUCAACAACUGUACCCAAUAUACCCAUUUCAACAUCAUAUGCGUCGACUGUAACGACACCUAUCUUAACGCCAACCGGUAACGACGGCCCGGCUAGUUCAACUGGCACAUCUGACUCAUCCUCAUCCUCAUCCACCUCCACCUCCUCAAAUUCAAACGGACUGUCCAUAGGCGCAAAAAUCGGCAUUGCCCUGGGCGCUAUAAUCCUCGUCUUCCUCAUUCUGCUAGCCAUUCUUCUCCUCCUCCGUCGUCGACGCAAGAACCCCCCUAAAAACACCUCCCGCACUCCCGAGAAUCAUCUCCUCUCCUCCUCCCUCAAACACAACAACGAUUCCAACUCCCUCUUCAUCGCCGAAAAACUCGCCCUCACCAACCGCAGCGACACAAACACCCCUCUCACAUCUCGCGGCGCCGGAAUCCUCGGCGGAACUUUCGACCACGACGAUGAUCUCCACCAAGACUUGCCCGCGCCCGGAUCCGCCUUUACUGCAAAUACACCCGUGCCCAUUAGUCCGCGACGCAGCCUAGCAGCAAACACACUCCGAAGCGACGCGGUCGGCAGCCGAGCCGUAAGCGUCGCUUCCGGAAUCUCUCGUCCCGUGUCCCCCGUCCACAGCAGCGCGGGAAAUAUCACAAGUCUCAGUCGAGAAAAUAGCCGCGACCCCAUCGCAGACAGGAGCAUCUUUGAUCAGGAACCGUACACGGAUCAUAUCGGCGCGAGUCGCGGGAUAGCAGCAAGCGCGGAGAGGAACGCAGAACGCACGAAUUUGGACGUGCCGCAAGUCUACAAGGGGGCGUUGCAAGCGCCGUUUCUGAGCGAGCCGGGGAUGUCGGCGGAGGAGGUGGCGAGGUUGGAGGAGGAGGAGAGGAGGAUUGAUGAGGCGAUUGCGGAGGCGGAGGAGGAGCGCAGGAGGGCGAGGGAGGCGAGAGGGAGAUAGGCAUUUCUCGGAGUGGGAAAGUUGGAGGUUUGGGAGUUUUUGGAUCGUUUACUAGUUGCUUGUUGCUAGUUGCUAGCUGGUAUACACACACCGUUCUAAUAUCUACAAUGUAGACAGGUGUGAAAUUGCGAUAUUGUAUAUCGCGAUCUUGGUAUAUCUAAUUGUAUACACCUAUUUAUUUAUCUAUCUAUCUAUCUAUCUAUCUAUCUAUAUAUUUAUAUUUAUUUACAGUGCAAUUGCAUAUACAUACAUAUUCGAAUCGAAAGAGUAAACCCGAUCGAUCA